AUGGAUCUUCCCAUAGCCGAUGACGAUGACGCUCGCGCCACUGAGCUUGAAACCCUCGAGGCCAUCUAUCCUGAGCUUCGCCGGACUGAUGGCAGUCGGUUUGCCUUUGAGCUUGAGCUCCCCGUAGAACCAGCUGCCCCCGUAACCGUCACUUUUCCGGCAGCAGCCUCAUCUGAUCAGGUUCUCAAUGGCUCAGCAUCUGCCGCUCCAGCCCUGGAAGACUCUCUCCAGGUCUCUCACCUGCCUCCUCUUGCUUUACAUAUCACGCUGCCAGACGGUUAUCCUGCAGAAUGCGCCCCUCUGGUUAAAAUCUCAACUACGCCCCAGUGGCUCUCGGCGGAGAUGCUCUCACGUCUCGCGGGAGAAGCUCCCCGGCUAUGGGAAGAAAUGGGACGAGACUUGGUGGCCUACACCUACAUUGAUCAUGUCCAGCGGGCCGCUGACGAUGUAUUUGGGGCCAUCACUGCUGAAGGCACUCUUCAAGUCGACCCAGAGCAUAAACUCGCUGUGCUGGACUAUGAUAUCAAAGCCAAGAAGGCGGCGUUUGACAGGGAAACUUUCGAUUGUGGCAUUUGCUUAGAUCCCAAGAAAGGGUCAAAGUGCCACAAAAUGCUUGACUGCAGCCACAUCUUUUGCUUGCAAUGCCUCCAGGAUUUUUACAACGAUGCCAUCAAAGAGGGCAACUUAUCAACUGUUCGCUGCCUAGCUCCUAACUGCGCCAAAGAGCGUGCUGCCGCCAUCAAGGCUGCAGGAAAGAAGGCAGGCAACCCCAAGACCUUCGUUAGCCCCAGCGAAUUGCUGCAGAUUGGCCUUGCUGAUGACAUGGUAAAACGUUAUGUUGAUCUCAAGUACAAGACGGAACUUGAGUCUGACAAAAACACGAUAUAUUGUCCUCGUCAGUGGUGUAAUGGGGCUGCACGCUCCAAGAAGCACAAGAAGCCUUCGGGGCUUGACUUUGGAGAAACUUCAGAUGCUGAGUCUGACCAGGAGGAGAAGAAUGAAAAGGGGGGAAGCAAGUUUAAUCUUGGCGACUUGCUAUGUGUCUGUGAAGACUGUGGGUUUGCUUUUUGCAGUCGAUGCUAUCAGUCAUGGCAUGGGGAGUUCUUCCAUUGCGCACCCAGGCGCCAAAACGGCGAGCUUACAGAGGAUGAAAAGGCCUCCAUUGAGUAUCUCAAAUUGCACACGAGUCCCUGCCCAACCUGCAACGCCCCUGCACAAAAGACUCACGGCUGUAACCACAUGAUCUGCUCACGAUGUGACACACAUUUCUGCUAUCUGUGUUCCUCGUGGUUAGAUCCAGCGAACCCAUAUCGACAUUACAACCAACAAGAGAAUGGCAAGGUCACAUCAUGCUACAUGCGUCUAUGGGAGCUGGAAGGAGGAGAUGGCGAUGAUGUCGGCCUCGAAUUUGCUGGCGGUCGAGGCAUGGCAGUCAAUGGCGACGCCAAUGAGGCUGCGCCAGAAGAUGAAGAGGCUCAGGAGUGGCUCGCUAUAGCUGUCGAAGAGGUGGAUGAUAAUGUUGAAAAUAAUGCGAAUGCGAAUGCCAACGCACCAGUGCAGCUUGACGAGAAUGGCCAGAGAGUUGCGGUAGCUCGCGAAGCACCCCUCGUUCUACGACUCAUGGACAACCCCGUCAAUAAUGGCAAUAACAACGAUAAUAAUCAGGGGCGUGGCGGACAUCAUGCUGCAAAUAACCAGCCCAUCAGAGCACGCGGCGGAGGAGCAGGAAGAGGACGUGGUAAUGCACAUGGCCCAAAUCGCGGUGCAGGUCAAGCUAUCAACUACAAUGGUGGAGGUAAUCCUGCUAAUCGUGCUAGGGGCGCUAGAGGUGACGCCCGUCGAGGCCAUGAUGGUGGACGAGGAGGAGCACGAAGAAGAGAAGGCGGAGGCCCAGGUCGAGGCGGCAUGAUUCGUGGCGAACCUGCAGCAGCAGCAGCAGCAGCAGCAGCAGCAAGGCAACAGAAUCCAAAUGCCGAUAAUAACAAUAACGAGGACGUACUCGAUCCUGCUCAGGAGGCUUGGAUCCGACACUUUGUUCAGAUGGCACUCAUCGAUGCUGAAGAUGAAGUUGAGGGCGGCGAUUCAGACGAGGAUAACGAGCAUUGGCGUGGUCGGUGA